UAUCAUUAAAAUUAAUAUUAUUAAUUGGUAGUUAGUUUUUCCGGUUACAAGCUUUAUGAAAAACACUCGUGCAUUAUUUUUCUUUUAUUUUGAAGACUUGUCACAUAAACAACUCCUAAUUAACUCACGAACCCUAAAAAUAACUUCAACGUAAAAUAGUUAAUACCCUACUUUCAUUUGUCUAUUCUUUUGUCUGACACCAACGCGACUCCAUCUAGAUCAGCGAAGCAGGUAUGUUUCUCGAUUUCGCUCUUCCUUUAACAUCUCUUACCCUCUCUGUGCUACUAACUCAAUUGAAUAAAUCGUUAUUUUUCAUGAAUUUUAGGGUUUAGUUAUUGGUGCGGCGCAUCAAUCUUCUUAUUUAUAUGUAACUUAUCUAUGAUUUUUGCUGACUCAUGGUUUUAUGUCUGUACGUCUUGAGUCUAACGUGAUGCAUGCGUAUUUGGGUUGGUCAUCUAAAUGUGAAUUAAAUGCAAUGUUGUUUGAAUUUUGAGUAUAAAUUUCGCCUUUCAGUUUGGGGAUGAUCAUUUUAUCAAUUAAUUCAGUUUCUUUAGGGUUUCGUUUCAUAUCCUGGUAUCUUUGUGAUUAUUAGUCAUGAAAUUUGUUUGAACAUGCAAUAACCAUUUGUCUAGAUGUGAUAUAGUGAUCAUUUGUUUGGUUAUUAGUGUCUCAGGUAAUAAGGUAAUUAAAUAAGCGGAUCAGUUAGAAGGCCAAUAUUUAAUUACUACAAAAACGAGGUCAAGUGUCGUUCAUUUCAACAUCGGAUAGCAGCCAUGGCAAACAACACUCAACAAGUGCCUCGUGUGCUUGUGAAUAGGGUGUCAGAGCAAGCUGUUUUCCCGUGUGGUGGUAUUAUUUCAAGUGCAAAGACGAUCACAUUACCAGGUUGGAAUAGGACGUUGGUUCCCACGGACUUGAGGUUCAUUAUACCUGCAGGAGUACGUUUACACAUUGCUAUUAUACCUGAUUUGUCGCAGCAAUCCCUUUCAGUCGAUCAAGGGUAUAUUUGUGGUCCCUGCUCAGAUGAGCUGGUUUGGGUCGAUACGUACAAUAGUUCGGGUGCACCCUUUGAACUUAAAGCGGGCGAUCAUAUUGCAUGGUUGGAUGGUUUACACAAUAAAAUCACACCAAAAUUAAUUGAUGUCACCCCUCCUUUUAAUAAUCAACCAACUAGUUACAAGUAACUAAUGCAUUACACAACGCUAUUCAAUAACCACUUCUUGAUAUGAUACCUAACAUGGUUAAUUUACGAGUACAAACUUUGCGUCAAUUUCAAAUGGAAUUGUUUUUGUUGAA